AGAAUCUUUGCCUACGCAGGCCCCUAUGAACGCUUCCUCCUCGCCGUCUCCAUCGUAGCCGCCAUCGCUUCUGGUGCUGGCAUUGCCAUCCAGAACCUGGUCUUUGGCAGCUUCGUCACGACAAUCACCGACUUCGUUACUGACCCUGCGUCAGGCGGUGCGAAGCUUCGCCAUGAUGCCGGCAAGUUGGCUCUCUACUUUGUCUACAUUGGCAUCGCGAGAUUCGUCCUCUCUUACACGUACAACGUCCUCUUGACCUACAAUGCCUAUCGAAUCGUUCGAAACAUCCGACAUGCCUAUCUCAGGGCAGCCCUGAGCCAGGAAGUUGCCUACUAUGACCUCGGCACUAGCGGAUCGAUUGCCACCCAAGCAACCACCAACGGAAAGCUGAUUCAGGGCGGCAUUGCUGAAAAGCUCGGCCUCACUUUCCAGGGCAUCUCUGCUUUCAUAACCGCCUUCAUUGUUGCAUUCGUCACGCAAUGGAAGCUGACCCUGAUCUGCCUCUGUAUCGCACCGACGACAAUCGCCGUCAUGGCCUUUGUCGGCAUAUCUGAAGCGGGCAUCGAGACCAAGAUCUUCGACAUACAGGCCAAGGGCAAUGCUUUUGCCGAGGGCAUUCUCGGCAGCGCCCGCACUGUCCACGCCUUCGAGAUGCGGUCGAGGCUCGUCAAGAAGUUUGACGAAUACCUCACCGAAGCCCAUAAGUACGGACGCCAGCUCUCCCCCUGGUUCGCAGGCCUCCUUUCGGUCGAAUACACAAUCAUGUAUCUGGGCUUUGGGCUUGCUUUCUGGCAGGGCGUCCACUUAUUCGCCAACGGAGACAUUUCCUCGUCAGGCCAGAUCUUCACAGUAAUAUUCUCUGUUACGAUUGCGACUAUUAGCAUUACGGCGCUGGCGCCGUAUUCGAUUGAGUUUGCCAGGGCUGCUUCGGGGGCUGCACAGCUAUUCGAGUUGAUUGACCGAAAGUCCGAUAUUGAUCCCUUUGACGAGUCUGGAGAGAAGCCCUCGCAUGUCACUGGCCAUCUUGAUCUUGAGCACGUCACCUUUGCAUACCCUUCUCGGCCCGGGGUCACGGUCCUGGACGAUUUUUCGCUGAGUGUCCCCGCUGGAAAGGUCACAGCCUUGGUGGGCCAAAGUGGUUCUGGAAAAAGCACAAUUGUUGGCCUCAUCGAGCGUUGGUACAACUGCCGGUCCGGGGUCAUCAAGCUGGACGGCAAACCGAUCGACCAACUCAACCUCAACUGGCUUCGGAAGAAUGUCCGUCUCGUCCAACAAGAGCCCGUGUUGUUCCAAGGCUCGGCAUUCGACAACAUCGCCCACGGUUUGGUCGGCACAAAGUGGGAGCACGCCCCGAGAGAGGAAAAGAUGAUGCGAGUUCAGGAAGCGGCCAAACUUGCGUUUGCUCACGAUUUCAUCACGGAACUGCCGAAUGGAUAUGAUACGCAGAUUGGACAGAGGGGCGGCUUACUGUCUGGAGGGCAGAAGCAGCGUGUUGCCAUUGCCAGGAGCAUCGUCUCUCGACCCAAGGUCCUCUUACUCGACGAAGCGACGAGCGCGCUUGAUCCGCAUGCUGAGGGGAUUGUGCAACAGGCACUGGACAGAGCCGCUGAAGGCCGGACAACAAUUGUCAUCGCCCACAAGCUGGCGACGAUCCGCAAGGCCGACAACAUCGUCGUGAUGAAGAAGGGAAAGAUUGUAGAGCAGGGCACACAUGCGGGCUUGAUGAAGCAAAAUGGAAUCUAUGCCCAGCUAGUGCGCAUUCAGGAUCUAUCUGUGUCCAAGAAUGAGUCCGAUACUGAAUUGGAUGACCAAGAGGACGCGGCAUCAACAGAGCACCCAGCCGAUCUCGCUGAAACUCUGAGCCGAUACGCCACCGGGGAUCAAUUGCGUCUUGAACAGCAGAAAGAGCGAGACAACUACGAAACUUACCAGAAGAAGGGACUCUUAUCUGUGAUUUGGAGACUUGUGGUUGAACAUCCGGAGUUGAAGUGGCCAUACUUCUUCACUGUCCUUGGCUGUCUCGGAGCAGCUGGUGGUUUCCCGGGUCAGGCGAUCCUGCUGUCCAGUGUUGUCGACGUCUUCACGUUGACUGGCUCGGAAAUGACAAAGAAGGGAGACUUUUACGCUGCCAUGUUCAUCGUCCUGGCGGUUGGUUGCUUCCUCAUCUACGGGUGGCUAGGAUAUACUACGAAUGCCAUCGCUCAGACACUAUCCCACAAACUUCGACGGCAAAGCUUGAAUGACAUGCUCCGCCAGGACCUCCAAUUCUUCGACCGCCCCGAGAACAACAUCGGAGCGCUCGCCAGCCGUGUCGACGCAAACCCGCAGGCCAUCCUCGAGCUCAUGGGCUUCAACAUUGGCCUUAUCCUCGUCUCCGUCUUCAACAUGCUCGCGUGCAGCAUCCUAGCUGUAGCGUACAGCUGGAAAGUCGGCCUCGUGGUUGUCUUUGCCGGGUUGCCCCCGAUGGUCGGAUCCGGAUGGUUCAAGAUCCGGCUGGACAUGAAGCUGGACCACGCCAUCUCGGCACGGCAGUCGAAGAGCGCGGCGAUUGCUUCGGAGGCUGUGAAUGCGAUACGGACCGUUUCGUCCCUGGCCAUCGAGGAGUCCGUGCUCAAGAGUUAUAUGCAUGAGCUGGAUGAGGCGGUUGCGGGGUCGGUGAAGCCAAUGUCCAUCAUGAUGAUUUGCUUUGCUUUCACGCAGUGUGUCGAGUACUUUUUCCUCGCCCUGGGGUUUUGGUACGGAUGCCGGCUUGUCUCGUUCCAAGAGACAAGCAUGCACAACUUUUACGUUGCCUUCCUGGGCGUCUUCUUCUCGGGACAAGCUGCCUCUCAGCUAUUCCAGUUCUCAACAAGUAUAACCAAAGGCAAGAAUGCGGCCAACUACAUCUUCUGGCUCAACGGACUGCAGCCCACCGUUCAAGAAACGCCCGAGAAUGCAGACCGAGGGCCGAAAUCAGGCGGCCCGGUUGCACUUGACAAUGUCCGCUUUUCCUAUCCUCUCCGGCCAGAAGCCCCUGUCUUACGAGGCAUCAACCUAGAGAUCAAAAAGGGCCAGUUCUUUGCCCUCGUCGGCGCCUCCGGCUGCGGCAAAUCCACCAUGAUUGCCAUGCUCGAACGCUUCUACGACCCCUCGACCGGCACUAUCAGCAUCGCUGGCGACAACCUCACCCAGCUCAACCCUCGCCUUUACCGCCGCGUCGUCUCCCUCGUCCAGCAGGAACCCGUCCUCUUCCAAGGCUCUAUCCGCGAGAACAUUGCCCUCGGCAUCGACGAAGACGCAGCUACUUCUUCGACCUCUUCCUCAUCUCCCGAAGAGACCACAGCAGUCUCUGACGCACAGAUAGAAGAGGCUCUCCGCGCCGCCAACGCAUGGGACUUUGUCUCCUCCUUACCUGAAGGCCUCUCCACGCCCGCUGGCCCCAACGGGACGCAGCUCUCCGGCGGCCAGCGCCAACGCAUCGCCAUAGCGCGCUCCCUCAUCCGCAACCCAAAAGUCCUCUUGCUCGACGAAGCGACCAGUGCGCUGGACACUGAGAGCGAAAAGAUUGUUCAGAGCGCCCUUGCGGAGGCGGCCAAAGAGGGAGAUAGGAUCACUGUUGCUGUGGCGCAUAGGCUGUCGACGAUUCGGGAUGCGGAUGCCAUCUGUGUCUUUUACGGGGGAAGAAUUGUCGAGAUGGGGAAGCAUGAGGAGUUGGUCGCGUUGGGGGGCAUGUAUAGGAAGAUGUGUGAGGCGCAGAAUAUAGAUGGAUGA